AUGUCAAAAGAUCAAGGAAAGAAGAGCCAGAUCUACCGGCCUCUGAAACCUGCAGCUAACUGGCUCCUUCAGCAAAAAUGGGACCAGUCCAGUUAUGAGAUCCACCGAGACAAGGUGAGAGAGGCCAAACCUGUAGUCGACACCAAGGGCAUCGAAACACCGGCGCAUAUCAGACACAAUCUGAAGAAAGUCCAGUUGCAGAAAGAAAGGAUGUCCAUCAUAGAGAGAGACAAUCAUCGUCUGGCCAGCAAUCUUUCUGCUAUCACUCGCUCUAAAGGACUGGUGGACAACAGGAACCAUUGCCCACAGCUCAGUGUGAACACACACAAAAAGAAGGAGGAGCUUCUAGAGCUGACAGCAGAAAACCAUCGGAUCAACCAGCGAAUCCUGACGCAGAAGUCGGAUUACAGGAGGGAACUCUGGGAGGCCGACUUUGAAAAGGUCCAGCAAUAUAGAGACAAACUCGCACACUAUCCACGAGGAGAGACCAACAAACAGGUUUGAUCCUAAUUCACACUUUAAAAAACGGAGCUAAUUUCUUCUUAAUUUUCUCGCCUUCAUCAUGUUUCCAACCCUUCUGUGAAACACAAUAGCACACAUUUCAGAUGCUCACGCUGCUCUUGUUAAUGCCUGUGAAAAAAAGCAUGUCAUGUGGGUUCGAAAUUAUUAUUUCAAAGCACUAAAUGGUUUAGCUCCUCAGUACUUGAGCGAGCUUUAUUUUUAAAGAGGCGUUUACAACAAAAAAAGCAUUUAGGACUUAAGUUACUGAGAUAAAAAUCAACCCGAUUUCAAGGGAGGAUCUGAUUUGUCACAACAGCUUCUCGAACAAGAAAAAAUG